UUAAAAAGAUCGUGUGAAAAUGUGAAGGUCUUUUUCACUGCAAUUUCAAAAGGGUAGAUGAUCCUCUGCAAUGAAGCUGGUCCCAUUAUCACAAAACUGAAAAUUGGAAAUCCCAUCCAAAGUUCCAAAUCCAAAACCAACUCCAAUCCAAUCCAAAAGAGAUGAAUGGGAAGAAAUCAUCAUUCACGAUAUGCAGCUGGGAAUGGGCCAAAAGCUAAGGCUUGAAGAUAAGAGUAUGGAGUGUUGGAUAACAGCAUCUUCUUUUUGUAAUCCUCAAACUGCACACUCUUCAACCCCCUCUUUUAUCCGAUUUCUAAACAGAAAAUGACGUCUCAGUUCAUAACUGCUUUCAAGCCUUCAACUCUCUCUCUCUAUAUAUAUGCCAUUCAAAACACAGAAAAUGGAUCACUCAAUCCCAACACACACAUUGAGAGAGAGAGAUGGCAGGGGUGUUUUCUAGGGGAGCCCAGACAGUGAACUCCAUGUUCCUCAAGCCAGUGACACAAAAAACCUACCACAGCAAAAGCUCUUCCUUCGAUAAGGCACGAAAAUUGGACAAGGAGGAAGCAAAGGAGAAUAUGAACCGGAUUGGAGAGAAUGGCAGUAACUGGUGGGUUCGUGAUGGCCGGACGGGAAUUUAUUACCCAAAGGGCCAAGAGAAGGUGAUGGAUGGCAUACCAACGGCAGCUGGAAAAGAUAUCAGUGCGGUUCAUUGGUUCUCAUACAAUGAUCACACUAGUAUUUAGUGUCAACACUCCUAGAAUAACUAAGCUACAUUGCACAUGUAGUAGUCAGUAACACCUAUGAUCUCCAAAGACCCAUACAUCCAAACACUUACAAUCUUUGAAUAUCGUGUGUUCUUUACUAGGGUCGGUUCGUAUGUUUUGAUUUUUUUGAGUAAAAAGAUUUUCAAUGUUCAUAUGAAAAUGAAUAACACCAUCAAUAAAGUUUAUAUCAUAAUGACUACAA